AGCGAAAUAUUAACUUUUGGAGUGACGGACACUGCACGUUGAGGUGCGGAGGGUGGUUUUAAAGAAAAAAACAAAAAGAAGAGAGAGAGAAAAAUAGAGAGAACCAUGGAACGUACAACCAUGUCGAUGCGAAUGAAGAUUAGCGAGCCGAUAAAAUGGAACGGGGAGUAAGAAGGGAGCUUCUCCUCCACCCCGCAACCUACCCCCCUCCCCCCUUGCUUUCCCACCCGCCGCAAAAAAAAAACCUUUAGCCAUUGUUGCGUUGUUUAUGGUGUACAUGCAGUGUGUGUGUGCGUGAAUUUGAUCCAACAGUGUCCGUAAUCGUAAUCGUAAUCCUAAUCGGUGAUGCGACGCUGCGCGUGUUAUUGACAGUUUACCGAUCAGUGAGGGGUGUUGGAAAGAACAGAAGGAAAGAAGAGAGACGAAGAAGAGAAAAGAGAUUGACGAAGAAAUGGUGCGAAAUCGGUCGAACGAUCGCCACUGACAAUAUAAUAACAUAGUAGCGUGGAAUCGUGUGUUAACGAAUAUUCGUCAAUCAAAGAGUGUGGAAAGCAGCUGGAAGAAGAGAUAAUAUAAAUAGUUUAAUUUAUACCCAAAGUUGAUUGAUUGUCGCUGAAUUAAUAUUUAUAUUGUUGUUGUUUAAUGGUGACGAUGAUAAUUAACGUGUGGACCUGCCGACGGAGGAACGAGAGAUUUUAAUCUUUUAUCAAGAAUGCACUGAGGAAACGAGAGGAGGAAGGACUUUGAGAUGUCAGCCGUCACCAGUCCGUAUGGCCCCACGGAGAUGCUGUCCGACUCCGUUUACAAUUACGCAACGGCUCGCACCGCUGAUCAGGACUCUGACUCUCAGUUCGAGUCGCAAACGCCGAUCCAGAUAUCGUCGGGCCAAAAGCCUAGGAACAAAAGGAAGAAUUUUAAACCAAUUAGCAGCCGGAUGGCCGAGGUUUCGGACGAGUCUGAUCGCGAGGACGUCGACAGGUACAUUGACGAGGAGGACAAUCAGAUUGACAAUAACUCGAACGACAACGCUGUUGAGAUACUCGAGUACGAGAGAAAGAAAAUGCUACCAGUCGACGAACAGCGGGUCAAACUUCCGACGGAUGAGAGGGUCAAGCAGGGUUUAAACAACAACGAGGCCAGUCCAAUGGAUCUAUCGGUUACGACUCGGCCUGCCUCCUCCGAGGCUGACGACGACAGCAGCGACUCCAUGAGACACAAGUUCAUCCUGGAGCAACUCAGGUCCCAGAAGCUUUACUCCCCCAGUCGUGAGGUAAGGAGUCCUACCUCGGAUUCCUCGGAGAAAAGCGGCGGCAGUGGUGUACCACUCGACCCCGAGGUCGCGGGGGGACGGCUCGACGUAAACGGUGGCCAAUUCGACGACGAGCGACCCGGGACCGAGGAGAGGGUACCGACCCAGGGGAUGAGGGAGUACGCCGAGUCGACGAUGCAGGAACUCCUCGCGAUCUACGGCCUCGGAGGAGAGCUCGCCAAGUCAGUCACGAGGCAGCUUCCGCUCAAUUUUCUCAAUCCUCCGGUCAGCCAUCCCCAGGGAAAGAUGAACGACUCGUCUUCAAUGGCACCUGGAAGCCCACCGACGCCUCCUCACACGCCGCAGAGUCCACCGCGGCAAAACGUCGCCUCGAGCUUGUCGCAGUCGAGUCAAACCUCGAAUCACGCCCCGCAAAAUUUCCCGCCACAAUUACACGCGGUACAGAAUUCACCGCUAAGUCAAAUACUCGUACAGAAUCCCGCCCUCGCUCAGCUGCUACAGCAAAACCCGGCCAUCCUUACUCAGCAUCCCCAGCUCGCUCAGCUGCUGCAACAAAAUUUGGCACAAAUGGGUUCCGUUUUGUUCCAAAACGUACGCAGGGACGACGUCGAGGAAAGGGUUCCCCCCACAAUAGCCAGCCUGGCGGCAAUGACAGUCGAGGCAGCUGACCCCAAGGUUUCCGCACUCUUGAGGCAAAGUAUGUCCCCGGUAGCGGACCCCUUGAUCGGCAGCACGAAAUCUCCAGUUCCUCAGCCAAUAAUCGAUUACUCGCGAUACGUCCGUCGGUAUACGUCCGGCCAAGAAUGCGGUAACUCUUAUUGCAAGGAGUUGGGUUGCAGAGAGCAUUUCCAUUGUCUCGACUGCAGUGGCAGAGUAUUCGUGAAGAAGGAGGAAAUGAUAAGGCACUUCAAGUGGCACAAAAAGAGGGACGAAUCCUUGCAGCACGGGUUUAUGAGGUAUUCGCCGACCGACGACUGCUCGGAAAGACACCCCGGACGUGCCUGUCCCCACAACAGAAAGCAGACCCACUACCACUGCAUCCACGAGAACUGUGACAAGGUUUACAUAUCAACCUCGGACGUUCAGAUGCACGCUAAUUAUCACCGGAAAGACUCCGCUAUCAUCCAGGAAGGUUUUCAACGCUUCAGAGCCACCGAAAGCUGUGGCACGGAGUACUGUCCCUUCGCCGGUCAGCGCACAACUCAUUUCCACUGUCGUCGACCUGGCUGCCGAUUCACGUUUAAGAACAAGGCCGACAUGGAGAAACACAAAUCGUACCACAUCAAGGACGAGCAACUGUCCCGCGACGGGUUCAAAAAGUUCAUGAAGUCGGAAGCCUGCCCGUUCGACCAGUGCCGCUUCUCCAGGGUCUGCAACCAUAUCCACUGCAUCAGACCGCACUGCAGCUACGUUCUCCACUCGUCAGGUCAGCUGUUUUCCCACAAGCGUAAGCACGAAAGACACGACUCGGAAUUGGCCUACCGGAAGUACAAGCAGGCGGGAAGUACCGGGAUCCGGCCUCCGAGUUCUUGGGCUCCGGAAGAUCUCGGAAGUCAGAGCCUCGCGCUCAGUUUGAACGGGGAAAGUUCUAACGAAGGGAGAGGCUCGCCGUCUUACUUCUCUUUGGACGACUCCUUCCAGAGUGCGAGCGACCUUGCAAUGGACCUGACUUCCUCAGCUUCCGGUCCGCCUACGGGGAACUCGACUGUCACCACAACGCCGACUUACUCAGGCGAGCAGCAGCAGCAGCUAACUCCCGUGGAACUAGCGUACUUGGCACCAGCCAGUGCUGACUGUCCUUGUCAGCUGGGGCGAGAUCAUCACCACUGCGGCCUUGACCGCUGCGGGGCGACGCUGCGCGACCCGAGAGAGGUCAGGGAACACCUUAGGGAACACGAGACUCAGGAGAGGAUAACCGACGCGUACUUCGAAGAGGGUGGCUGCGAGGAGGGCUGUCCGUAUAUGGAUAAGGAGAAGCACUACCACUGCAACUGGGACAAUUGCCGCGAGGUGAUUCUCGCUACGGACAAGCCCUUCCGGAGGCUUCAGCACUACAAGAUACACGAGUACAGUAGACAGCUGAACCUUUCCUCCGCGUCUCACCCCCUGUCCUCGGACGUCACGUUGACCCACCUGACAAACAUCGACGCGAUGUUCAGGCGAAAGAGGGGCAGGCCGCCGAAGAAUCGUGUCAUCGAAAUAUGGUCCGGAGGCGACCCGGCUACCCAAACUCACGACUCGCCUCAGGCGAUAUUCACGAGCUUCAAACUACCAAAGCCGACUCCGUCGUCGACCCCGAACACCCCGACCGAGGAACGCGAGGGCAGCGUCUCUCCCUCGAACAGCCUCGGCGAACCCGAAGGAUUCUCAACCUACAACUCGGAGUGCUGUCCCGAGGCUGCCUGCGCCCUUAGAGCAACGAGGCAUCAUCACUGCUCCCAGCCUCGUUGUCAUUUUUCGACGGACCGUCCUGACCAGCUCCUUAUGCACAGCAAGGACUUCCACGAUAACGUUGACAUUUUGCCGGGGUUUUCAUUCUUCGACAAGAUGAUAGACUGUAAGCUCAACGGGUGUCACAGCAACCGGGUUAAUCGUCAUUUUCACUGCACCAGACCGAAUUGCGGAUAUUCUUUCGUACGGUACUCGGCUAUGGCUUUGCACGAGAAACAACACAGUAAUUGCUCAAGCCAGGGUAACGGGGGUACGAAUGAACCGGAAAUUAGCGAGAUUAGCCAAGAUAUUAAGCCGCGAAUUCAGGUGAAAAAUCCUGCUGAGCUAAUCGACAAGCCGGAAGAUAAUUUUGCCGAGGAAACCGGCAGGACCAUCAUUACAACUGAUGACAAGGAGAGAGAGAUACCAAGUCCUGACUCGAGCAAGACUACGGUGGUGAGGGCGGCAGGCACCUAUUAUCCGGUCAGCGGACCGCCGAUCGAAACGGCACAUCCGGGCGCCAUGCUAUCCAUGCGAGCUUCCGUGCAUCAAGAACCCCAAGCGAUACCAUCCACCAGUUCUUCACCCCAUACUCUUUACGGACCAGAGCAGAGUUGUAGCCGGCCGUUCUGUAAGCUGAAGCGUAAAAACCACUAUCACUGCAACGCGUGCAACCAAGCAUUCUCAGAAUUAGACAGACUGGUGGCCCACAUCGCAAAACACUCGACCGGGGCAAUCUUGAGCCAACAGCAACAUGAAGUGGGAAGCAGCGGUCAAAACUCGCAACUUCAGAGAGACGCAAUUCUGAAUCAACAGCAGCACGAUUACCUCGCCCAGUUGUCAGUGCAGAAGCACGAAUUUAUGGCGCAAAAUGCCCAGAUUGCUCAGAACGUACAAAACUUUCAAAACAUGCAGAGGCAGAUACAACAAAAUCUGACAAUGAGCCAGCAGUCGGCCAAGGAGUGCAGCAUGACGAAGUCAGGAGACGGUGGCAAUAUGAAUCAGAGGAUAGAUCAGUUGGCGGUGGUGAGCGGAAACAGCGUGAAACGUGAACCAGGGGAAAACAAUCGCGAAGAAGAAAUGAUGCACAACGAAAAUGGCCAAGCGCAGUCUCAGCUGAUGAAUCAGACGCAGUCCCUUCAGCAGCCGUCGAUUUCUCAGGGCUUUGAGAUUGAUCUUAGUCACGGAUUCCACUUUCCUAGUCCAGCGGUCAUGGCCGCGAUGAACCAACAGUUCGCACUUAUGAACCAAGCAUUGCCACCCUUCCUCCAACAUGGCGGGAUGUACGCCGGUGCACCGGGACUUAUGUUUGCCCCGGGCCUGCCCCCCGGAAACUUUUUACCGCCUUCCAGAGACGAGAACCCAUUAGCCUCGCUGGCGGCGAACCUGAACCUUGGUGUUAAGAGGUCCUUGUCUCCUCCUGAUAGUAAUUCACCGGAAGCCAAGAAACAGAGGCUGCAUCAUUCGAUGAGGAUGCUGAAGGAUGAGCCGGUACCGGAGGGUUACGUGAGAUUCAGAUUUAACGAGGACUGUCGUUAUCAGCACUGCGGAUACCGCGAACACCAGACUCACUUUCACUGCAUGCGCCAAGACUGCGGUUACUCUUUUUGCGACAAGACGAGGUUUGUCCAACACACCGCGCGGCACGAACGUCUCGACACUCUGAUGGGGGGUGACUUUCAGCAAUACAGAGCAAACGUACCUUGCGGCAGGCCCCAGUGCGCCUACACCUCUUCUUUGGGAUCGAUGCAGAACAAGGCGUCGCACUUUCAUUGUUUGAAGUGUGACUUUGUCUGCACAGACACGAACAAGGUCGUUGCUCAUCGAAGACAGCACGCUAAGUUGGACAGCAUCGCCGCAGCUGGUUUCCAGAAAUUUACGCCCAGCCAACCUUGCGGCGCUGUACAGUGUCAGCACUCCGGAAAGCAGACCCAUUACCAUUGCCUGCAGUGCCAGUAUGCCGUCUUGGGACUUGCACAGAUGUCAGCGCACAAGUACCGGCACAUGGAUGACGGCGAAUGCUUGGACGAGGGGUGACGACGACCAAGCAUCUGCAUCGGCGUUGCUGCGCUGGUCGAUGUCAGAAGUAUGGACUAUCGAAUGGUGUAAGAAACAAACAAAA